AUGGCUGCUAAAAAGGGAGAAAUUUGGUCGGAAGAAGAGUGUCUUGCGCUUCUCUCUGCAUGGGGCGAUGAGGAAAUACAAAAAAAGCUUCGUGGAACUCACAAAAACUCCGAUGUGUACAAAAAGAUGAGUUGUAUGAUGAAAAAGUCCGGAGGCUUUGAUCGCGACUGGAUUCAGUGUAGAACGAAAGUGAAGCAUUUAAAAUCCGAAUACAAGAAAUACAAGGACUCUUUGUCACGAUCUGGGGCUGGUAGAGGAAAGGAGCCAAAGUUUUUCGAGAAAAUUGAUUAUUUUCUGGGUGACAAACCUGAAGCUCUUGGCGUGGAAAACAGCAUUGACACAAGUAGCACAGCUAUACUCGAAGACAAAGACCUGGUUGAUAACAGCGAUUUUGGUAAGUGUAGUAUCAGUUUUAAGACUGUAUUGAGUAUUGUUACUGUAUACAGUACCUUUCAUGUGGUUGUGCAAUAUAUGGUUUAUAUACCGGGUGGCGCAAAAAACUUGAGUAAACAUUUUGAAAGUGUCGAGAAUUAGCCAAAAACGGCAGAAAGUAUACGUUUGUUUUCAGAGACCCGCCCAACGUCGCCGAUAUAACUGAUAUAACCUCACGAGCAUUAUUUACCCUUGCGUAUUCUAAACAAAUCCAAAGUCUUUGGUCCUUCAUUAAACGAGGCGUAUUUAUAAAAAAUACGCGACGUUUCUUUCUUGGAACAUAAACAGUUUUAAUUUAAACUUCACCUCAUUUAACUUCGCGAAUACUUACGAGUUACGAUAAAAUAGUUAUCAAAUUAGUUUAUCAGCUAAUUCUCGACACUUCCCAAAAUGUUUAAUCAAGUAAAAUAGUUUAAACGCAACUAUCUCGGUCAAUAUUGCAUGAAAAUGCAUAGAGCGUAUAUCAAAAUUUAAGUUAGACAAUACUGAAUGCAAUGCACGUUGUUUAAGUGUAGUAGCUCUUUUAGUUUUUAAAAUAAAUCAAACACCACCCAAUAUAUUAUAGGAAAACCAGUUUCGUUAAUAUAUUCGUUUGAUCACUUUUUAGAUACUGCAGGCCAACUGGUUGGAAAGUAUGGAGGUGGCCGAAGUGUUGAAAAACAAUGUCCUCAAUGUAACGAAAAACUUACAUUAAAGACAGCUGGUGUUCAUAUCGGGGAAAAUGAAUGUAUUGCGGUAUACAGUGACGAUGACAAAUUUGUAUGCCCCUAUUGUAAUUAUGUUGAAGAAGGUAUUUUGAAACCUAAAAUCACGCAAUCACUGCCCUGCCCCUUUCAAAAUGCCUGAGCAAAUUCAAUGAACUUUUUUGUACUUGUUUCUAUGCACUAGCUGUCUGUAUAUUAUGUUUAUACUAACAAAUACACCCUCAAAUGUUUGCCUCUCUUUCACUUGUUUCAGACAUUUUAAUGAACCCAGAUUUUGUUCAAAAAGAAGCUACACCAUCCAAGAGGCAGAAAACUGAACCUAAAGAAAAGGUAAAUAAAGACGAAAAUGCAAAGAAAAGGGAGACAAAGAGAAAAGAGAAGCCAACCAAGUUGCAAGUUGCCUUUGGAGAGCAAUGGCUGACCACACUAAAUAUCAAAAAGAAUCUGACAACUUGCUUGUUUCCCAAAUGAAGGAUCAGUUUGAAAAAGAAGUUGAAAUAAGAAAAGAAGAGCUGAAUGCAUACACAAGUUCAAUAGCACUUCUUGCUAAUGCUAUUGCUGGGAAGCAGCAACCACCACCACAGCAGCAACCACUACAACCACCAAUGUACCAUUACCCAAUACAUGCAGAUGAUGCAAAUCAACAAACAUAUUACAAACUAUAA